AGGCCAAGCCCCAAGCCCAGCCUCUCGCCGGCUGGGAGUCGCGCGGUGCCCCCCUCGCUGCCCAGGACCCCGACGCCGCGGCCGGAGCCCCAGCGAGCGCGGGAAGCCCCGCGGACCUCGCGCUCCCGGCUCGGGCUCCGGCGCGGACGGGGCGGGCGCCGGGGCGGGGCGCGCGUCCUCGCGGGUCUGAAUGGAAGGGUCGAGGUCGUCGGCGGCGGCGAGCAGAUCCUGAAGCCAGAACUCCACCCCGGCGCCCGCGCCAUGCGGCGGGAGAGGUGCGGCGCCCCCCACCCGCGUCGCCGCCAUGGAGGUGCUGCGGCGCUCCUCGGUCUUCGCCGCCGAGAUCAUGGAUGCCUUUGACCGCUCGCCCACCGACAAGGAGCUGGUGGCCCAGGCCAAGGCGCUGGGCCGGGAGUACGUGCACGCGCGGCUACUGCGCGCCGGCCUCUCCUGGAGCGCGCCCGAGCGCGCCGCGCCGGUCCCGGGACGCCUGGCCGAGGUGUGCGCGGUGCUCCUGCGCCUGGGGGAUGAGCUGGAGAUGAUCCGGCCCAGCGUCUACCGCAACGUGGCUCGUCAGCUGCACAUCUCCCUGCAGUCUGAGCCUGUGGUGACCGAUGCGUUCCUGGCCGUGGCUGGCCACAUCUUCUCUGCAGGCAUCACGUGGGGCAAGGUGGUGUCCUUGUAUGCGGUGGCCGCAGGGCUGGCCGUGGACUGUGUGAGGCAGGCCCAGCCUGCCAUGGUCCACGCCCUCGUGGACUGCCUGGGGGAGUUUGUGCGCAAGACCCUGGCAACCUGGCUGCGGAGACGCGGUGGAUGGACUGAUGUCCUCAAAUGUGUGGUCAGCACAGACCCUGGCCUCCGCUCCCACUGGCUGGUAGCUGCACUGUGCAGCUUCGGCCGCUUCCUGAAGGCUGCCUUCUUCGUGCUGCUGCCAGAGAGAUGAGCUGCCCACCUGGGCAGUGGCCGCAGCCUGGCCCUCUGGGCCCGACGCAGGAGGCCCUCAGCACCCGAACACAUCUCCCUCCUCCCCACCCAAGCCUGGAGCACUCUAACCCUUGGAGACCCCCUAAGCCCCGUUCCUCCACAGACCCAGACCCUCCAGAAGGGGUGAGCGGGGAUAGGCUUUCCUGAGCCUGGAGCUGGGCUUUGGGGCAGCCUGCGACCCUCCUCACUUGUGCCCCUUCUCCUGGGAUCUCUGUGUCUUCCCUUUUCUUUCUGGGGCCAGGAAGUCAGGGUCAACUCCCAGGCCCCAGAUGCAGGGGCCCAGAAACACCUGCUCUCCCCUGAGCCCCAAAUGCAGGGGCCUGGGACACCGUGCUGUCACCUGAGCCUGGGGUCCCAUCCCAGGAAGAGGGGCCGUCUCAGGACCUGAGUCCUCAGGGCCCUCACACAUUCAAUCUGAAGGUGACCCUGGCCUGGCCGAAGCUGGAAGAGCCAUGGGGACGCAGCCAGUAAACAGAGCGUAAGGCUCACGUGCUGGUUGCUUAAUCCGUUUCUGGAGGAAGAGUAUGACCCCCACCUGUGAUGGGGUCCUUGUGUGGUGGGGACUGGGGCCAGCGGGCUUCAGGCUGCAUGCUUAACCCAUGGACGUGGAACCUGCGGCAGAGAAGGAAGGUCGCAUGAGCCAGAUCCCGCUUAACCCAUGGAUGUGGAACCUGCGGCAGAGAAGGAAGGUUGCAUGAGUCAGAUCCCAGUCCAGUUUCAUGUCAGUUGAGGGUGAGGGUGACCCCAUCUGCUAUUUUUGUGCCCAUCCUCAGACAACCAUUUGGGGAUGUGCCUAUUAGGGCUCCCUAAGAACUCAGAUGCCCAGGAAGCCCAGCCCCUCAGGGUGCACCCACACACAGCCUUCCCUUGACGCCUACGUUUCUGGGCACAUGUGAGGCAUCUUUCCUGGAACCCCGAGCCAGCCCUGUCCCGUCCCAACGCAGCAUGGCACUCAGGAGAUACAGGCUGGAUGUGGGGCGGUCCUGGGGAGGCCUGGCCUAGCAGCCUGCCCUCUGCACGCCGCCCACCUGAGCCCUCCCUGCCAGGCUUCAUGCUGGGGUGGGCCACAUGCCAGGACAAGAGGACCCCAGCAGAAAGCCAGCCCUGGACUCACAUGGCAUUCAGGUCCCACUGGGGGGUUGGGGUGGUAAUAAACUCCAAAUGAUCAUUCUCAUUUUA